AUGACUUUCCUCGUGGGCCGGCUGUUGACAUAUGCUAUCACGGCCACUGCUGGCAGUGGCUUCCUGCUCUUCGGCUAUGACCAGGGUGUGAUGUCCAGUCUGUUGACUGGAGAUGCAUUUGUUGCAAUUUUCCCCGAAAUUGAUACAACCAAGUCAGGGCACGGAAGCUCUUCUUUGCAGGGGACAGUUGUCGCCAUUUAUGAAAUCGGCUGUUUCUUGGGUGCAAUUCUCUCUUUAUUCUUUGGUGAACGGCUCGGUCGACGCAAGUGUAUCCUGGCUGGAUGUGCUAUCCUCAGUAUCGGUGCUGCGCUUCAGGCCAGUGCCUACAGCAUUCCUCAUCUCAUUGUUGGUCGCAUCAUCGCCGGUGUUGGAAAUGGUCUCAACACCAGCACUAUUCCCGUUUGGCAUUCCGAGCUAAGUAAGGCUGCAAGCCGAGGCAAAGGACUGGCCAUCGAACUGGCUAUUAACAUCUUCGGUGUGAUGCUCUCAUACUGGGUUGACUACGGAAUGAGUUAUGUCAAGAACGAGGCCCAGUUCCGCUUUCCCCUCGCUCUACAGAUAUUGUUCGCUAUCCUCACCUUCUUCGGCGUGCUUUGUCUUCCCGAAUCUCCUCGUUGGCUCAUCAAACAUGGCCAUGAAAGCAAGGCUCGCCAGAUUAUCUGGUCACUCCAGCACAACGCUCGUGAAAUCGAGGUUGAUGAUCCAGUGGUGAACGUUGAUGUCACAGAAAUCACUCGGGCAGUUGAGGAGGAAGAGGAAGCAUCCUCGGGAGGGUCCUUCAGGCUCCUUUUCCAAAACAAUAAGCAGCGCUUCUUGUACAGAACCCUGCUCGGAAUGGGAGGACAACUGAUGCAACAGAUCUCGGGAAUCAACUUGAUCACCUAUUACGCAACUGUUAUCUUCGAACAGUCGGUUGGAAUGUCCCACCACACCGCGUUGCUCUUGGCUGGUUUCAACGGAAUCGCAUACUUCUUUUCUUCCCUGGUCCCUAUCUGGACAAUUGAACGACUUGGUCGCCGCAAGCUCAUGAUGUUUGCCGUGAUUGGACAAGGAUGCUGCAUGGCUAUUCUGGCGGGCACUGUCUGGGAUGGUGGACGUGCUGCAGGCCUGGUUGCCACUGUCAUGCUAUUCCUGUUCAACUUCUUCUUCGGCGUAGGCCUUCUCGCUAUUCCCUGGCUUUUGCCCGCAGAAUAUUCACCGCUGGCAAUUCGAACUCGUUCAGCUGCUAUGGCAACUGCGACAAAUUGGAUAUGCACAUUCCUAGUCGUGGAAAUUACCCCAGUCAGCAUUGCCAAUAUUGGCUAUAAGACUUAUAUCUACUUUGCCAUCUUCAACUUCUGCUUCUUACCGCUCAUCUUCUUCUUCUAUCCAGAGACGCGCAAUCUCACUUUGGAGCAGAUCGAUCGCCUAUUCACUGGCGAAAAGGUUCAGCUUCACUGGGAUUCAUCUAUGGGUAUUGCCGGAGAUGUUGACACUCGUGUUGGCAAUGCUACGACUAAAGAUCUUGAAAAUGUUCAAGCUCAGCAUAUUGAGUAA